CGUAAGCGUAUUAUUGCGUGGUAUCUACAAAAGUUUUGAAUUAAAGUAACAUAAAUCAAAGAGCAGUUAAAAUGUCGAUUGUACCAAUUUUAUACCGAGACUGGUGGGAAGACUGCUGGGACACGCCACUUCGAACAUCCCGGCUAUUGGAUCAACAUUUCGGUAGUGGUGUAACAGCGGAUGACCUGUUGACGGCCCUCACCUCCGCUGCAGCCACAUGUUCGGCACUGCAACAAACUCGUCCACGAGUUUGGCGUAAUGUUUCACGUCAGAAUUCCAGAUCAACGGUUGAUAGUGGUACGGAUAAAUUCCAAAUUAACCUGGACGUGCAGCAGUUCUCUCCGGAUGAAAUCUCCGUAAAGGCUACGGACAACAGUAUUCUAGUGGAAGCAAAACACGAGGAAAAGCAAGACGAACAUGGUUACAUUUCCCGACAUUUCGUACGACGUUACGUGCUACCGGAGGGCCAUAAUCCGGAUGCAAUCGUGUCGUCACUUUCAACGGAUGGAAUCCUAACAAUCCAUGUUCCUAAGAAGGCUUUGCCUGAACCGGAAGGGUUCAGGACGAUUCCCAUCACUCAAACUGGUCAACCGAUGAAGAAGAUAACGGAGAAAUCGGAAGUGAACCCGGACGAGAAGACAAGUGAAAAUGGCGAAUAACUAGUUUACUUAAAUCUCGAAAUAUGCAUUUUUUGGUUUAAAGUUCCUUAGUUUUAGUUCAAAAUCCUUCGUUGUAUUCGAAUAAAAUAAACAGCUUAAU